AUGGAAGAUCAGUGCAGUCCUCUUAGCUGGGCUUACUAUCAAGAAGAUGGGAUCGAGGACUUGAAGCAUUCUCUCUUGUACUCAACUUUGGAGUUACAGACAGCUGUCCUCUCUGCGCAUGAAGAACUUUCAAGAAAAGAUGAUGAAAUUCUCCACCUCAAAAAUCUCUUAUCAAAGAUUAUGAGAGAAAGGGAUGAAUUCGAAGCAAAAUGCCAAACACUCAUGUUGGAAAAUCAGCUUAUUUUCCAACAAGUAGAAAUGCAAAAAAAGUCCCCAAAACAGCAAUUAGAAUCUGCCCCUUCAAGUGGUAUCAACAGCAAUGAAGAUGAGAACAACAUUGGGCUUCCCUCCUCAGAUUGUGAUGAAAACAACUUUGCACCAUCACCAUUGCCGGAAACAUUUUCCGACGUCCUAUCGCCGGAGAAAAUCGUGCCGAAGAAGCCAUUACCAGAAAAAGGCAAGUUCUUGCAAGCAGUAAUGGAUGCUGGACCCCUUCUUCAAACUCUUCUGCUGGCUGGACCACUACCCCAGUGGCAGCACCCACCCCCCCAACUUAACUCUAUCGACAUUCCACCAGUCACCAUUUCUUCUCCAGGAAAUAGUACUGGAUUAUUCAGUAACAAGAGGGCUCUGAUGAACAGAGAAAUAGGACAAGAUUUUUCACCCAAGUUUCAAAAAGUUGUUCACCAAAAUCAUCAUUGA